AAGUGGAAGACUGUCAGAAGCAAGACUCGUCCAAUUUGACCGUGCGCGUGAUUGGCGAUGACCUAUCGCACCUGAAGGGUACCUUUGAAGGCGUAAGCUAUCCACCAAAACACCAGCCUGCCACUGGCGCUGACGUCUUUUAGCCUACGGAAACGCCAUAUGAAGGCGGUCUCUUUACUGUGGACAUACAGAUCCCCUCAGACUAUCCAUUUCGACCGUAAGCACCAGGUAUCUGGAAGGGCUGCAAGCUGACAGAUGAUGCAGGCCCAAGAUGAAGUUUGACACCAAGAUUUACCAUCCCAAUAUCAGUUCACAGACAGGCGCCAUCUGUUUGGACAUCUUGAAGGAACAGUGGUCUCCUGUGCUCACGGUCAAGUCGGCCUUGGUGUCGCUGCAAUCGAUGCUGAAUGACCCACAGGCGAAUGAUCCUCAGGAUGCAGAGGUGGCGAGUGUCUACAUCAAAGACCGACAGCGAUUCAAUCAAGUCGCUCGCGAGUGGACACAGAAAUAUGCCAUGCCAGCUGGUGCUCGCUCCUCAAAUUUGCCAGAAACCAAGAAGCAAGUUGAUCCCUUUGAAGCUGCUGGCUUCGAGAAGGCCUUUGUUGACGACUUCCUUGCCAUGGGCUUUCCUCCCGAGAAGUUCAUGGCUGCUUGUCGGAAGCUCGGCAUCAAGUCUGCUGCCGAAGCAAAUAAUACGCCUGGUGGCUACAGUCAGUUGCUAGAUACGUUGGCGUCAAUGCCAUAGGAGCACAUAUUCCUCCAUGCAUCAGAAUCGUGUCACCCUUUAUGCUAU